AUGUCAGCCAGGACAGUGCGUUAUGUGGCAGUCCCACUCACAGCAAAUGUCACCUCUAGCAUACAAAAAUCUCCAGCUGGAGGAAGGUUUGAACUGAAACAGAACAUGGUGCAAUUGUUGCACUUUAAUGGGCAGUUUACAGGGUUGCCUCAUGAAGAUCCUCAAGUUCACAUACAAUUUUUUUUGGAGAUUAGCGACACUUAUACACCUAAUGGGGUAUCUCCUGACUAUGUGAGGUUAACAUUGUUUCCCUUUUCCUUGUUGGGGGAAGCUAAGAGGUGGCUAAAAUCGGAACCACCAAAUUCAAUCACUUUAUGGAAUGACUUGGCUCGCAAAUUUCUUAUUAGGUUCUUUCUUUCGGGGAACACGGCUAAGUUGAGAGCUGAAAUUUUGAGCUUCAAGCAAAAAUGUGGAGAAAAUUUAUACCAAUCUUGGGACAGAUUUAAAUCGUUACUCAUUAGUUGCCCUCAUUAUUAUCAAGCUAAUGAGGUGUUGGUCCAUACCUUCAUUGAAGGUGGACAAGCGUUGGAUAAAACAUAUGAUGAACUACAUACAUUGCUUAAUCGCAUUUCUCAAGGAAACUCGGAGUGGAACGGAGGAAAAAUUCGAUCUGUCGUGCAAAAGCAAGCAGGCAUGUUAGAGGUUGAUGCAGUAACUGAGUUGACAACACAAAUUGCAGCAAUGCAAAAUAUGAUGAUAACGCAUUUCAACACUUUAGCAAAAGGACAGCAGCAAGCUUCAGUGAGCAUGGUUCAACAACAACACAUGUGGUGCGAGGCAUGUGAAAGCAGUGAACAUGUGGCUGAAUAUUGUGGAGCAAAUUCGGAGUCAGAAAAUUUUGUGGGUAAUACACCGAGGAGUAGUGGAAACCAUAACUAUGAAAACAAGUACAACCCAAAUUGGAGAAACCAUCCUAACUUCUCAUGGGGUGGAAAUUAG